AUGAGGGGCUCCGAUGAAAUCGUGUGUGCAUAUGUGAAAUCGGAACUAAAAUCAACUCCCUAUAUAGGUGAUGAUGGUGAUGGUUCUGAUUUUGGUAAAAACGUUGGAGGAGGUGGUGCUUGUGAUAAUAGUAAAGCGAUGAGGGGUGGUGGUUGGAUUCACUUCAUAGAGAUGAUGAAGGGGAUCAAUGAUUUAGGGGGCGGUGGUGACGAUGGUGAACAUUGGUGGUUGACGGUGGGUGGUUCUUUACCUUCUACUCUCUUCCUUGGUGGUGGUCGAUCUAGUGAUGGUGGUGUUGUCCCUUGGAAAAAAGCAAUGGUGACGAACACAAUGGUAGGUGGCUGGACGUGGCUGUCGGACCUGUUUUUCGGGGAGGUUUUGGGUGGUUCUCUUUGGGGGUUUUAUGUCGGGAAUAAGGGGAGUCACUUGGUGUGGAUCUUGUCUACAAUCGUUGCCGGAAGUGAACUCCGGUGA